AUGUAUGCAACAGCCGCCACAGCUGCUGGCGAGAAUCCAUUACAUGCUGUGCUCACUGAAAUGAUUUCUGGUAUGUGUGGAGGAUCCGUGAAGCACAGAAGCGUGACGGCUUCCGACGGCAACUGGAGGACGCGACAGGUGAUUCGGGAGUUGAGGGGGGUUAAGUCAGUAGAAGUUUUUUUCUCGACUGAAGAACAGAUCCGAGGGGUUGUCAUGAGCCAGGAGACAAGAUGCCGUGUGAAGCUUCUUAACGCCUUCUUAUCUGGCCAAUACCUUCUGGAGGAGCAGGCAUCGGUGCGUGAGGAAGAGGAGAGCUGUCGCCGAGAAUUGACACUUGUGGCUCUUUCUGAGUUACACAGUGAGGCCAGUCUGCUAACCGUUGUGGGAGAGGAAAUGUAUGACAGACAUUCUCUCGAGAAUGCAUGCUGGAAGGGAUGGAUGAAUUUGAGGCGAUGCCAAAAUUUGGCGUUUUUGGUGCUGCGGGAGCAAAUCAGUCGUCGUUUUCUGAUAAAAAGGGAGGCUAUGAACCGUGUGGAAGCGGAACGGCGACGUUUUUUGGCGGUGGGGCGUGAGAUUGACAUGGAACUUUUGUCUCAAGAAUUUUACCGGACUACUUCGAUGGAUCGUUUUAAGUCCUCUAAGCUCACUCUUGACCUUGCGCUACUUCUUGCGGAGGAGGAACGAGAGCGGUGCUCACUGGAGAGAAUAUAUUUGCUCAAACUUAGUUUAAUGGCAAAUGAUCAAGAGAACGCUGCAGCACGAUUGGUGGUCACCUCCGUCAUGCGGGCCUCUCUGAUGCGGCGUAAGUUACGCGACGAUGCUUGCUGGAGGGAGCGGUCUUUGAUGCUUCUACUGGUACCUUCUAAAGAGCUUGACAUUCGUUACAUGAUUGAAAGGAAGGAAAUGGAGGAACGACAAGCACUUCGGGUAAGUUUCUUAACAACAUGGCGCAGUGUAUUUAAACGCACAAUGAAUCCUGAUGAGGGGACCGUUAUUAUAGAGCGACUUGAGUUGUAUGAGCGACGCUGCGUAUUCGAUCAGUGGAGGUUUGGUUUUAACGCACUUAACGAUCGACAGGAACGCGAACGAUGCAUCCUUGCAAGCCGCGAGGCUACUUACGAUGUGUUCUAUCACUCGGUUAUUGACAGUCUAACUGCCUUGUGGAAGCAGGAAAGCGUGCAGUUUAAUGCAUUGCGUAAGCGGUACUCGGAAUUUGUCUGGUCGACUCGAAUGAUUGAGGCAACGAUGAUAUUGGCUGCUGAAGAGUUCGCAGCACGACAAAGGAUUAUUGAGUCUGAAGUGCGGGAAGCAAUUAAAUUGAAUUCGUCAUUUUAUAUUCGCCGCUGUGAAGAGGCUGCACUUGAAGGAGCUGCGUCCAUCAUGGAGAUGGAGCAUAAACGCCGUAUUUCGCUGAUGCAAUCGAAUAUAAAGUUUGUCAGGGAUGUUUACUUUUACCAUCUUCUCUACGAGGAGGCGUGGCGUCGAAUUGAUAUUGAGUCGGAGGCCCGCACCGCGUGGUCAGACAUUGUUGUUUUACAGGAGAGCGCACCGCGUGGCUGUUCUUUAGGCUCCGCGGAUCGCUUGAAAGAAGUUCAGCGCACACUUUUGGUGGGGGAUGGGCAUCAUCACUUCAUUCGUCACAAUUUCACUUUGGUGAUAUUUACGGAGAAGAGCAACCGGGAAAUUUUGGAGAAGAAGGAGUUGGAAGACCGUGUCAGUGCUUACGCCGCCGUCCUUGGGCAAGUGGAGGAGUGGAACCGGUUGGAACUCCAGACCGAAGGCCAACACGAAUUUUUGCGCAUUCUGCUUGAUGCAGUGGAUCACCGUGAGUAUGUUGAGCGGACGAUCUUGGAAGAGUUUGAGCGGGAGAGACGUGAAUUUCUAUUUGGUAGCUUUGACUACUCCUUGCCACACUUAAGAGCCUGCGAGGUGGAUGAGUUAACUGCCCGUCUAGACAUUAUUAACGAAGCCGAACUCACCGUGGGUGCACUGGCGUGUUCAUGGGGAAUGCACUGCCAUGUGGCAUACUGCUCAGAGGAGCUCCGCCUAAGUCAAUGUGCUCUACGUUUUAUGUCAUCAAAAGAACUGUUUCAGGAUCGCGAAGUGGCAUUGGUGCGUGCUGUGGAGCCGAUGUCACGAAGGGAGAUCAUCAACAGAGAGAUAUCGGGGAGGUUACUGUUGUUGAUGGAUGCCCAAGAACAGCGGGGGCGAAUACGGAUUGAAAAUGCGGCAACGGAUGCUUAUAACGGCGCUCAAGAAUUGUUUGAUCGCGUACUUUCGCGUGCGGAUGACUGGAGGACGAGAGGCGUAUUAAGAGAGCCCGUGGUGCUUACCGGGAGGGAGGCACUCAUCGAUUACUUCCGUCGUCAAGAGGCAUCCGUGGCGGUUCGUCUCAGGGCUCAACAGGAGAAAACGCGAGAGUUACUUGGAGUAUUUUUUGCUGAUUUUUACUGGGGCCGUGAUUCCAUUGUGGUAGAGGAAUUUGUUGGGCGUGAGAGCAUAAUGGGGACUUUUCUUUGUCCUCAUCCUGCCUUGCGUGUCGUGGGAGAAGAGCCUGAAUCCAAGCUGACUGUCCGCUUCUACAGCCUCGCUCUGAUGACAAAAGAUGCAUUGCAGUCCUUCUCCAUCAGGGUACAUGACUCUUUGGAUGAUGUAGGAGUAACGUGUGAGCUGCUUGAGGCACAAGCUGUGACUACUGCUGGCCGCUUCUUUCGUGUCUGCUUUCCUGUACGAGUGAUGAGGUGGGUGAGGCCAUUGACGGAAGAAAGCAAUGUUCUCCACUUUGAAGUCAGAAAUUGUGAGGGAAAUUUGUUUGCGACGGCCUCCAUUUUGCUCAGAAGCGAAGAAUUGAAGAAGACCAACGGCGCUACUGUUUUGUCCCUUCCUACGGACGACAAGCAUGGGAAGAUGAACGUGGUCCUGAAUGUAGAAUAA